CGCAGAAAAACCCGGAACUUCUGAGUACGCAAGAAAGAGCGGCUGUAUUCAAAUUGAAAAGAAAACAUCAGGUAGUAACACACUGAUCUGGAGUCAUGAGUUUCUCUCCGAGUCCACUGAGUCCGAUGAGCGGCCGCAGUAUUCAGGAGCAGAGAGAGCGCUGGGAGAGGAAGAGGAGUCGCACGGCCCGAGAGAUGAUCCAGAGUGAGCAGAGAUACUGUCAACAGCUGGAACUGGUGGUCACGUUCUUUGUGGAGAUCUUGAAGGCCAAAGGAACCCUCAGGCAGGACAUUAGAGAAAGCAUCUUCAGUUCAAUUAAAUCCAUUCAUUUAAUAAACCAGACGCUACUUGCUCAUGUAGAAAUGGGGAGGUUUGGCAUCGGGUUUGAGGAGUUCUGCACUCAUCUGCAGUUCUACAACACAUACAUUGACAACAUCCAAACUGCUAAGAAAGUCCUCAUGGUUCAGGUGAAGAAAAGCAAAGCCUUCAGACGCUUUAAGAAGCUCCAGGAGUCGAGGCCUGAGUUCAGUCAGCAGAAACUGGAGGAUCUGCUUGAGCUUCCUCUUCAGCGCAUACAGCAGUACAAGCAUUUCUUGAGGGACUUGACAGAGAACACCGGUCCAGACAACCCGGAGUUUCAGCAGCUUUCAAAGGCAGAGAAGGCCAUCUCAGAGGUCGCCCAGCGAAUCCAGGACAACGCUCGCAGCCAUGAGAACCACCUGCAGCUGCGCAGAGUCCAGAAACAACUGAAGGGCCGAAAGACCAGAAUCCUGACUCCAGAGAGGUGGUACAUUCGGGAAGGCUGGCUUAAGACAGUGCCCCCUAAAGGCACGGAGGCAAAGCCCAAGAUGUUUUACCUUUUCUCUGACGUCCUGCUUCAGGCCAAACCAUGCAGUCCCAUACAUCCUACCAAUGGGGAUAAGUUUACCUGCCAGCGAGUCUACCCUUUAAAGGAGUGCACAGUGGAUAAAGUUUUUGGUCACACCAAGAGCCAGGGAGGACUUAUUAGUUUGACCUUCGCCAGGGCCAAACUGCUCUUAAUGUCUGAUGAUCAAGUGGACAUUAACGAUUGGUAUCGUAGUCUCUGCUUGACUAUUGGGCAGUUGAAGUCCAGGAAUACAGUGGUUCACAGGAGAGACGAGCUGUGCAGGAAACCCAUCAGAUCAGACGCAGACGAGCAGAGCUCAACAGAGAGCCAGAACACACGAGGAACUAAAAGAGCCAUGAUGUUGGAUGAUGAAGUGAGAGAGGAGAGCAGCAGAUCACUGUCUUCAAAAAACAGCAACUCAGUAGAAAGUCUGAAUGUGAAGGAGUGGCAGGACGGGCUCAGAGCACUUUUACCCAACAUCAACAUCAACUUCGGAGGACUCCCCAACUCCUCUUCAUCUUCGUCAUCUUCAUCCUCUUCCUCCUCCAGCGUGAACCACACAGGCGGCAUCUCACAUAGCCUUAGCUGGGACGGCACAGCCAGCUGGAUGGACCCCGCCAUCAUCACAGGCAUCCCAGCGUCCUCGGGCAACAGUCUGGACUCUCUGCAGGAUGACAAUCCUCCACACUGGCUCAAAUCCUUGCAGGCGCUCACAGAGAUGGAUGUCCCUUCUGGGUCAACAGUGCCCCCUCAGCCCCCACACAGCGGCCCCUUUGGAGCCCAGUUCUCCCACAGAGCCGGCUGGAGCCCUUAUCCAACCACAGCCACAGCCAACCCCGCCACCCAAUUCCACUCGCCUCCCCCAGGCUUCCAGAACGCCUUCAGAGCCUCAGCCCAGGCCUCCACAGAUCUGCUACAGAGUGCCGGUAUGGAGCGCCAUUAGGAACUGUGAAAUCCUAUUCCCCUUAUCCGAACAACAGCCGACAAACAUGGCCGAUGAAUCAGUGCAAAGUUAUUAACAAAAUAACAAGAUUAUGUAUUGUUUUCUCAUUUCAUCUUGCACUCAUUUUUAUCCCGUUCCUGGAUUUGUGUUUCUCACGGUUUAGUCUUUCUUUAUUCCUUGUUGCCCAAGCGCUCCGUUCCAGCUUUCCCAUUUCAAACGGUUGCAAAAACGAGCCAGUUGUCACAGCAAAGCAUAACAAGUACGUUUUCCAAAGUUAUGAGGCCUAAAGUAACUCCUUUGUAAUUCGUCACGAUAACGUCAAUGCAUCAUUUUUGGAACUCAGAAUCACACCAGACUCCAAGUCAUUGGUGAUGCGUUUCUCAGAAAUUCCAUUGGAACCAAAUGGAGGGAAUCAAACGAAAAGUGUCUUGAUUUAGAACUAAGUGUCUGCCUUCAAAAGCUAAACCAAAAAGAACAGCACCUGUUCGUCCAUCUGCACAACAGAGGAGCUUCUUCCUGUAAGAGUCCUUAAAGCCAUGCUUCUAAGCAAUCAAGUAGAUACCCGAAAUCAAAACAGGGCUUCAGAUUUUGUGUUUGAUCAGAAGAGUACUUGACUUCCAUUAUUCUGACGGAUCAAAGGCAUAAUGAUGGCAAAGCAAAAAGCACUUUAACCCAGGAUCUUUGGCCUUCAACUUUGUUCUACCUUUUUGUGCCCUUUGGUAAAAGGGAGAUGCAUUUUUAAGGGUUCUAAACGUGGCGCCCGCUCUCGACGUGGCAUUUAGCUGUAGAUUGAUGCAGGCCUUUGCCUUUUGACCUUUCCACCAAAUUGCCUGGUUGGUCAAAGGGUCUUCCACUUUAGAUCGCAACUCCUCGGUUAAACUCUGUAUCAGAGGGCGACGCGUUGCGAAAUUAAGAGGAAUUGAGAGUUGGGUAACACGGACCCUUUUCAAUCGCAGGGCUCGCGUAGCAAGAGACACCACUGUGUGGUGUUUCUCAUAGCUGCCUCGACAUACGUGGCCUAAUCAGUGUUUACGCUCGACUAUGCUCCCUGAAGAAACUUGAAGGUGUGCGAGGUGUCCAGAGUUUUAGGAAGUAGAUCUAGAGUCAGAGUGUGGCGACAUUUUAAAUGUGAAUGCAUAGAGUGAAACUUGGUGGGUGAUUGAGAUUUGGUGGGUGAGUGAAGAAAAUAAUCUGUGUUAAAGGGCUUUCGAAUGAUAAUGGCAGAAUGAAUAUUACAAAGAUCUUGAUGUGAUCAUGCUGUUUGUGUCUGUAGCAGUUACUUUGCACGUUUUUUUUUUUUUUUGUUUUUUUUCAACAAAAGCGAUACAAGGGAAAGCUGGGAUAGUGGCACUAUUGGGCAACUAAGGUUUUGGCAAUACACUGGGUCUCGUCCGGGACUGUUAACACUGUUCGUCACUCCUACUUGCACCCCCUCCACAAACACGACCCUACCAUCUCAGUUUUUUUUAAAUGGUCUUAAUCCUUUAUCAGCUGUGUAGGUUGCUGCCGACCACUCGGCAUUCAACAGUAUUCAAG